GUCAUACGCCGGCGCCGGUUGUCCCAGAGGGUGCACGUGGGCUCGGGUUUGGGAACUUGCUGGCUGGGGCAUGGAUACCCCGCUGAGACGCAGCCGGCGGCUGGAAGGCCUAAAACCCGAGUCCCCCGAGAGUCCCACUUCAGUGUUGCGGGCGAGACGGGCCCUUGUGGAGUUCGAGUCGAACCCAGAGGAAACGAGGGAGCCCGGCUCUCCUCGGAGUGUGCGGCCACCUGGCCUGGGGUCCCCCCGGCGUCAGCAAGAUCCAGGCCUGGUGUCGCCCCCAAGACAGCCGGAUUCGAGUCCAGAAUCCCCCCGACUACAGCGAAAGCCAAGUGGGGAGUCGCCAAAGUGCUCCCAGGGCCAAGAAGAACCGGACUCGGAGUUGGCCCAGAGGAAGGAGGAGCUGGCCCCGGGGUCCCCCCGACAUCAGCUGCAGCCGGGCCCAGGAUCUUCAGAGCCUUACCCCGGUCAGCCAGCGCCGGGUCCGGAGCCCUCGCCGCCGCUACAGGAGCUGACACCCCCGUCACCUGGCUUCCCCCGGGGUCAGCGCGAGCCGAGCAAGCCACCUGCGGCCGGGGAGCCGGGGAGAGACGGCCUCGGGCCAAAGAAGCGAAAAGGUUCUCCAGCCCGGGCCCCAGCGUCCAAGAAGUUGAAGGAGGAGAAUGAGGUUCCCCUGAUCCCGAAGGGAAAGCCCAAGUCGGGGCGGGUGUGGAAGGACCGCUCCAAGAAGAGAUUCUCCCAGAUGGUUCAGGACAAGCCCCUGCGCACAUCCUGGCAGCGGAAGAUGAAGGAACGGCAGGAGAGGAAGCUGGCCAAGGACUUUGCCCGGCACCUGGAGGAGGAGAAGGAGAGACGUCGGCAGGAGAAGAAACAGCGCCGGGCUGAGAACCUGAAACGCCGCCUGGAGAAUGAGCGGAAGGCAGAGGUGGUCCAAGUGAUCCGAAACCCCGCCAAGCUCAAGCGGGCGAAGAAGAAGCAGCUGCGCUCCAUCGAGAAGCGGGACACCCUGGCCUUGCUCCAGAAGCAGCCACCCCAGCGGCCAGCAGCCAAGGUCUGAGCCCUGGACAGCCCGAGGCCUUCUGUGGCCAACCACCACGUCAGACACGGCACCUCUCGGGCCAUUGGUCACACACCUCUGCUGGACCCGGCACUCCAGCUCUGUGGCCCCAAAACGGGGACCCUACUUGAGAUGGGCUCUGAGCUUUUGAGGCUCUUGGGCAGGGCUUUGUGGGACGGGCCCAGAGGGAGCCUGGGACCUGGCAGAGACUGGGGGAGGGAAGAGGUUCAGCCGUGCCCCCACCCGCCCCCUUUGCCCCUCCUCCUCCAAGUGCCUUCAAACCAAGAAGAGUAAAUUCUUCUGGUUCCUCAGAGAGCUGGUGACUGAAGGGUGACUUGCCAAAAUGUGUAUGUUCUAUCUCAAGGUCCUGGUCCAGCCCAGGCCAGGAGCCAGCAGUCAGGAGUCCAGCUCCCUGUACACCUUCCCAAAGGCUGCUUUGGGUACCUCCGCAUCCUACUGACCCCAUCACCCAGCAAACUGAAUCCAGCCUUGCCCAACUUUUCAACAGGGAAAGAGUAACAUGAGGAGGUUGCAGGGAGCAGUUUCUUUCCAGCUCCCUCUUUCCUGUACCACACUCUGCAGAAACCCCAAAGAUCUGAUUGACUUGUGCCAGCCAGUCUACAACAAAAAUAUUUAUUGAAUGCCUGCUCUGUACAGGCACAAAUCUAGCUACCAGGGAAUCAGACAGAAGUCCCUGCCCUCAAGGAGCUUUGAUUCUGAUGGAGAAAAUACAGUGAAGUAGUAAAAUAUAUUGUAUGUCAGAAAAGUGCCCUGAGUCAAGCAGAGGAGUGGGAGGGAAUGUGGGCGAGGUGUUACGGAGGGACAUCUGUUCAGCCAGCUGUAUGUCUGCUGUUCAGUUUGCUGAGCACUUGCCGUGGGCCAGGCGCUGCCUGGCACUGGGAGUAAACAGUAAGCUAGCCAGCCCGGCCUGGGGUGGCACAGGAGCACUGGAACAAGAUCCCAAACGAGUUUCUCCACCGGCUCUCCCACUAUCGUUUCAUCCACCACAUGUUUACUGGCACCAACUCUGCACCAGGCCUGGGAUGCAGAGCUCAAGACAGCAGUCUUUGAGAGGAAACAGACAAGGUACAGUGGAAGUGCUGUGACAGAUACAAGUUACCCCCACAUCUACAAAUUGGGAGUGAUAGCUGCCCAGCCCCUGUGUGGUCAGGAGGUGGGCGCUGCACAGAUCUUGGGAUUACCAGCAUUGGCCAGAGGGCAUCCCCCUGAAGUCCAGGCCUGCACAGGUGGCAAAUUAGCUAGGAAAUGUCACAUGCUGUGGUCUUGGAGGCUGCCGUGCGCAUUCACAUACUAAUGAACGAGAAGACCUUCAGUGAAGAUGCUCACUGCAGUUUGAGUAGCCCAGGUUUCCCAAACAUCUGACCAUGGCACCCCUUGCUUUUUCCACAUUGUAAACACUUUGGGCAAUGCCAACUCAGAAGGGUAGAGAUGGGGGCUCCGAGGCAGCUACUAUCUUAAGUACCUUAGGUAUGUUGGGGUGUUCUUUCACUUACUAAAUAGUUGAGCACAUAAUGCUUGGAAGGUAGCAUGCAGACCCUGCUGGUCACUAGCCGUGAAACUUUGGGCAAGUUACUUAUUUUCCCUGUACCUCAGUUUGUUCAUCAGUAAAAACUGGGGCUAACAGAACCUGCCCCUCAAGGUUGUGGGAUAAAGCAGUCUGCUCUAUAAAUAUUGGCUGAGUAGCUAAAGCGAAGAGAUUAGACUGGAUGGUGCUUCCCAAACCUUUCCUCUCUCACUUGACUCCAAAAACACAUCACUGGUUCAAUGUAAAAAUAUAGCACCCCCCCCCCAAUCAUCUGGCACAAUUGAGCUCCAGAGAGACGCAUCCUGCGUACCUUGGGGAGUCCACUACCCUGGUUUGAGAAUCUUAUGAUUUUAACCCUGUGUUACUCCAAGUGUGGUCCACAGACCAGCAGCACUGACAUCGCCUCCUGGGAGCUUGUUAGAAACGCAGGCUCAGCACCCCUGCCCCAGCCUGCUGAAUCAGCCUGCACUUUAACAGGAUUCCUAGGUGACUCACACACAGUAAAAAGUUUGAGAAGCACUGCUUUAACUCACUUUGAUUCUGAAAAGAAUUCAUUCCCGGAAUCAUGCAGGGCCGCUUUAAAAUGCAGAUUCCCGGGUCCUGACCUUGGACCAAGAUCUCCGAGGCUGGAGCCAAGAUAUCUACAUUUUAAUGAUGGCCCCCUCGGGAUGCGUUGGCGUUUGGCGGCUGCCCAGCCCUGGCCUUCCGGGGAGCAUGGCGAUUCCGGGCCCGCGCUUCUAACUGCAGGUGGUGCUCAGGCCCGGUUCAGGGGGCCCCUCUUGUCCUGGGAGCGGGCCUGGCCCCUCUGCGGGGACGUAGCGCGGCUUCCCCGCAGCCAGCCAAGCAGGCGCGCGGACCGGGC